GUGACGGUCACGUGUCCCGGUCAGCUGAUGCUAACGCUAAGCAGCCCGGACGGACGGUUCAGCAGCAGGGACGGAUCUGACGGUCAGCCAGGAUGCCUUUCUCCGAGCUAUACUUCAACGUUGAUAACGGCUACCUGGAGGGGCUGGUCAGGGGGUUUAAAGCCGGAAUCUUGUCCCAGGCGGAUUAUCUAAACCUCGUUCAGUGUGAGACUCUGGAAGACCUGAAGCUGCACCUGCAGAGCACCGACUACGGCAGCUUCCUGGCCAAUGAGGCGUCUCCGCUCACCGUGUCCGUCAUCGACGACAAGCUCAAGGAGAAGAUGGUGGUGGAGUUUCGCCACAUGAGGAACCAGUCGUAUGAGCCCCUGGCCAGCUUCAUGGACUUCAUCACGUACAGCUACAUGAUCGAUAACGUCAUCCUGCUGAUCACCGGCACCCUGCACCAGCGGGCCAUCUCCGAGCUGGUGCCCAAGUGUCACCCGCUGGGCAGCUUCGAGCAGAUGGAGGCGGUCAACAUCGCCCAGACCCCCGCCGAGCUCUACAACGCCAUCCUGGUGGACACGCCCCUCGCUGCGUUCUUCCAGGACUGCAUCUCUGAGCAGGACUUGGACGAGAUGAACAUCGAAAUAAUCCGUAACACACUGUAUAAGGCUUACCUGGAGGCUUUCUACAAGUUCUGCUCCAACCUCGGAGGAACCACGGCCGACACCAUGUGUCCUAUUCUGGAGUUCGAGGCGGACAGGCGGGCCUUCAUCAUCACCAUCAACUCGUUCGGCACGGAGCUGUCCAAGGAGGACCGCGCCAAGCUCUUCCCCCACUGCGGCAAGCUUUACCCAGAAGGCCUCGCUCAGCUGGCGCGGGCGGACGACUACGAUCAGGUCAAGAUCGUCGCCGACUUCUACCCGGAGUACAAGCUGCUGUUUGAAGGAGCCGGCAGUAACCCAGGAGACAAAACGCUGGAGGACCGUUUCUUUGAGCAUGAGGUGAAGCUGAACAAGCUGGCCUUCCUCAACCAGUUCCACUUCAGCGUGUUCUACGCCUACGUCAAGCUGAAGGAGCAGGAGUGCAGGAACAUCGUGUGGAUCGCCGAGUGCAUCGCCCAGCGGCACCGCGCCAAGAUCGACAACUACAUCCCCAUCUUUUGAGGCUCCGCGCUCCUGCCUCCUCAUUUCAUCGGUGUCUUUGAGCGGCGUCUCGGUCUCCCUUCGAUGUUCCACCGUCUGAUGCUAAAUCGUUUGCAGUCUUUCGCUGGCUGGUGUAAAUCGUUUCUUCUUUUCUGCUGCAGCGAGAGUUUCGUUCGGUCUCGUUGUCGCUAGCGACACGAAACACGAAACCCGAAACCCACGGAACGCGCUUACACUCGACUCAGAGCGGACACCUUCUUCUUCUUAAAGAUUAAGAAACUUAACAUAUCGCAGAAAUGAAACAUUCCGCUGCUCAUCACCAGUAUUUAUUUCUGUUGUAGUGCUUCCUUUUGUCAGCAUGUCUGGUCAUAACUGUGCCCCCCCCCCCCCCCCCUCGCCCCCCCCUCGCCCCCAUCUGCGGGCUUAACUAGAUUGUUGUUAGAUAUCCAUAAAAGCAGCAGCUGAGCUGUAAAUGAACGUGCUGGAAUGAGGUGAAAUCUUGUGAGUAUACGACUGGCUUCAUGUUUAAACUAUACAAAGAUAUAUAGAUAUUUAAAGAUGACUAUGAUUUUGUUUACUGUAAAGAGAAAAAAAAGGUUGUUUCUGUUUCUUACUUGUGGAUUGUGUUCUGUAAAUGUGAUGAAGCAAUAAAUGGACUCCGCUGCUCUUAAGCAGGUGUGGAAGAACUAAG